AUGACUCGUGUUCCCACCGAAGAGGAUUUUGCCUCGCUGGCCCCCGACCUGACCGUCGCCCUGCAUUUUCCCGACCCGCCAGCCUCCACCACGGCCAUUUUGCUGCUCUUCCACGGCCUCGGCGACAGCGAGGCCCCCUUUGCGUCCUUUGCCCGCGCCUUGAACCUGCCGGGCGUGCUGGCCGUGGCCGUACGCGGGCCCAACGCGGUGCCGUUUGGGGACGAUGUCGACGACGACUUUGGCACUGGCCCGCGCCAUUUCCACUGGGGCGACGAUCUGCAGCUGCGCGGCGCCGACAUCGACCCCGAUCCCGGCUUCGACCGCGCUCUGCGUCUCGUCGGCGGCCGCCUGGUGCGUGACGUCCUGGGUGCCCGCUGCGGCUGGCGUCCCGACGACCUGCUGCUCUUCGGCUUCGGCCAGGGCGGCACGUUUGCGCUGGCCCUGGCAGCUGCUGUACCGACAGAAACCCCCUGCAAGGGAGUGAUUACUGUCGGCGCCGACGUGCCAUCCGCCAUCGCCGUGGCCGCUUCCGAGGCUCCCAAGACCAACACGCCCCUCCUCGUCUGCGGCGCCGUCGACGGCGAGGCCGUGUCCGACGAGACCGUGUUGCUGCUGCGCAACCGAUUCGCUGUCGUCCAGACUGCCCGCUGGGUCCGGCCGUCCGGCGACGACGCCAUGCCGCGCAGCCGAGCCGAGAUGCUACCCAUCAUGCAGUUCCUGCUGCCGAAGCUGCGGGCCUGCUACCCCUUUCACUUUCUGUGGGGACAGUGGCACACGAUCCCGCUGCCCCCCUCCGGCUUCUUCGCCGGCCAGACCGUGCUGGUCACCGGUGCCAAUGGUGGUCUCGGCCUCGAGGCUGCCCGUCAUAUGGCCCUUCUCGGUGCCGCCCGUGUCGUCUUGGCCUGCCGCUCCGUCGAAAAGGCCGAGGCUGCUGCGGCCGACAUUCGCGCGUCGCUGCCACUCGAUCGCCAGCAAGACUGCGUCAUCGACGUCUGGGAUGUCGACCUCGCCUCCUUUGCCAGCGUCGCCGCUCUGGCACGCCGCGCUGCCGUCGAGCUGGGCCGCCUUGAUGUCGUCGUCGAGAAUGCCGGCGUCGCCCGCCCGACCUUUUCGCUGGCCGACGGCCACGAGACCACCAUCACCGUCAACGUCUUGUCCACCGGCCUGCUCGGCCUGCUGCUGCUGCCGCUGCUGCGCCGCACCGCCAUCCAGUACAACGUGCGGCCACGCCUGGUCGUCGUCUCGUCUGAUGCCCACCUCUUUGCUCGCUUCAACGAGACCAAGGCGCCGUCCAUCUUCGAGGCUCUCCGCGAUCCCGCCCACAUGUCGCACGACCGCUACAACGCCUCCAAGCUGAUGGAGGUCUACUUUGUCCGCCAGCUGGCCCGCGUCCUCGAUGCCCAUCACAUUCCCGUCACCGCCAACUGCCUCAACCCGGGCUUCUGCCGCACCGAGCUCUUCCGCAGCGUGCCCGUCCCCUUCCGCUACGUCGUCCAGGCCGGCCUCCAUCUCCUCGGCCGCACCGCCGAGAUGGGCGCCCGCACCCUCGUCGCCGCCGCUGCUGCCGGGAACGAGUCCCACGGCCAGUACAUGGACUCGGGCAUUGUCUGGCCGCCCAGUCCAGCCGUCACGUCUGCCGCCGGCGUUGCUAUCCAGGAACGCCUCUUCGGCGAGCUGCUGGACGUGCUCGAGAGCGUGCAUCCGGGCGUCAAGGCGAACCUCGAGUGA